CUAUUAUAUUAUCACUUUGCUUGUUUCUUUGCAGGCUGUACAUAUAAUUUCAUAAUUUCUAUUAGUUUACUGGACUUGGUAUUAAAAAAUGAGUGCAUACGAGGACUAUGAAACUGUUUCCCGGUGUUACGAUAAAUUCAGGCAUCCAAUUGGAGCAGAAACUGAGCUAAGUGCACUAUGUGCACUAGGAAAGCCAUUACAAGAGCUCCACAUUGCUGACAUUGGUUGUGGCACAGGCAACUACACCAAGUAUUUCCUGGACAAUGGAGUUGGCAAGGUGUCCAUAUUUGAUGCAAGUGAGGGAAUGUUGAACUGCGCAAGGGUCAAGGUUGCCGACUACAUUGCUGGUGGGCGCGUGCCACAUUGCCAGCUAUUGCAGCUUCCUAACAGUAUACCAGGCAGCGCACAGUAUGAUGCUAUCUUUAUGAAUUACGUUUUGCACCACUUCGGUUGUCCAGAGGAUAACACUGCCACGGAGACGUUUCCAAAAGCCACAGCGGCCCUACGCAACGUCUACGAAGCUCUGAGAAAGGGGGGGUACUUCAUUAUGAGCACUUCUUUGCGACCACAGCGAGACCACUGUGUAUGGUACCAUGCUCUUAUAGAUGACUUAGACGACUUGUUCAAGGACCCAAUCAUGGACCUGGCAUUUGGUGGAGAAUACAACACAGUGGAGCGUGCAUUGACAGCAAUUGGGUUUUCAAGUAUGAAGGCAAUAGUUCCCCUUCAUGAAAUAGUGAUGAAACCAGAGCAUUAUUACAAUAUGGAUGCUGCAUUUGACCCAGAAUUUUUACUUUCGGAUUCCACAUUUACAUUGGUAAGACAGCGAGAUAAGGAGACUGGUGAUAAUGGUAUCAAGACGUUCCAUCAGAGGGUUCGUGCUUUAAAGGAGAGGAAUGAGGCAGAUGCAUUCAUGGAGAAGAGAGAGGUCUUGAGAAAAACGUAUGGUUGUGCAACUGUCAUUAUUGCCCAAAAACCUUAGGCCACAAAAGCAAGUCAAUUACGUUUCAAAAGAUAUACGUUCCACAAGUAUAUUUUGUGAGGUGGGCAAUUGGAAACAUUAUUAUAAAACCCUUGUGAGAUUGAAAGUAACACAUCUAGGUGGCUGCAAAUCUAUUAUAAUACAGCUAGGUCUGAAGUAAUUUUAACUAUGAAUACACUGUUAACAAUUCUUGAAUAACAAUCAGUGCAAAACAUUCAUUAGCUAAUAGAUUAAUUUGUAUGCCUUGUUACUGCAGGAAUACUCUGACCUUGGUGCUAUCACAAGUUAUGAAUGCGAUGGGGUAUAUGAUUACAUUGUUGUACUAAUGUGUAAUGAAUGGAAUUUUUUUCAACAUUAUAGAUUUACAUAGCUUAUUAUUUUAUUAUAUACACCACAUGACUUCUGUACAAAGAUUUCACCUAUGCAGGCAAUCUAGUUUGUAUCUACAUUAUAUACUACUAAACUUUACAAUGCCUCAUCAAUAAUGCAAAUAAUGUUGUAAGGUAAUACGUUUCUGCUUAUUUCAUAUUAUUGGUCUUUCAACAAAGUACCAUUGUUUGCUAUCAUAAAGCAAAGACAUUUCAAAGCACAGAUUAACAGUUUACUCCCUUGGUUUAUCCACAUUUUGGGACAACACUGCCUUUAUCCUUUUGUUAGAAAAUAAUUUAUACCACAGAAGACGAAGUAUAGUUUUUGUUACAAUGGUAUAAAUCUAAGAUAAUUAGAAUUCCUUGUAUAGAUGAUUUUUUCUGGUCAUAAUUCGGAGGUAACUAUUUACAUGCGUAACUGUCAAUAACAUUUUCUUGUAUGCAUUAUAUUAUCACUGCCAGUUUAGCAAACAGUUGCUAUAUUUAUUGAAAUGCAAAAACUGGUUCCCCUGAAAUCUAUCAGUGUAUCUAAUCAAAGUAGUCCUAUAUAUAAGCAUUUUGUGCAUAAAAUUAUUUCGUCAUCAGAUAGACUCAAGACAAAGGCUGCCUUGAGUUCAGACAUUUACAUCCCAUUUUGGCCCAGAGGAACAUUCACAUGGUGUCUCCAGGGUGACUUGGCCUCUCCGCAUAUACAGUAAACACCCGCAUAAAAGAACCAGUGAUUUUCUGUUUCAGGCUGAAGUGGUUCUUAUAUACUAGGUGCUUUAUUGGUCCAAUUUCAGCCUGGAGGUUCUUAAUCCACAGUUUCUUUUAUGCAGGUGUUUACUCUAUAUAUAUAUCUGUGUGUAGUUAGGGCAUGGAACAUAGCACAUAAAUUGGCCAAAAAUUCUUAUCAGUGUACCAAAAUAUAUUAAUGAAAGUUUGAUUAAUAAAUAGUUAUUUUCUGAAUGCUACUUUACUGAAAUUUUUGAGAAAAAAACGUUUUAUUUUGCUGUUGCGCAAGGUAUUAUCACAGAUAAGCCAGGUUUCACUAAUUUACACCCUAGUGAUGCUGUUGCUACACUGUCUUAGCAUGCUAAGUAAAUUUUGAAUAAAACGACAUGGCAGUUUGUUUAUAUUUUA